AUGAGAUCAAACACAGUUUUGAGAUUGAGAAAAUCAAUUGAAUAAGAAAAGUAUGAAUCCUCUUAGAAAAUUUCUCUACAUGCAUUUAGUAUACAUUAACCAUUAAGCCCAAAGAGAAAAGCUCAUUAAACUCCUAUUAGAGGAAAAUACUAAAUACUGUAAAAAUAGAAAUUAAUCAAUGAGUAAAAAUUGAAUGUCUAGACUCAGCUUUUAAAGAAAAAUGAUUAUUUUAAUUCAGUGAAUAUAACAUUAGAGAGUUAAUAAAUAAAAGACUAAAAUAAAAGUAUACAAUGUAGAAAGAAUUACCGUUAAAAAUCAGAGGAUAAAAUAUUUGUAUAUGAUAUAUUUCGAGAGGUUGGGUACUCUUACAAAUUAUAUGUCUGAGGAAUAAUCAAAACCUGGCGAUUAAUAAGAAGGACAGAACAAAAUAUAAUCUUUUCCAAUUGUGAAAAAAAGAUUUUCUUAAUCUCCUUAAUGCUUAGUUUCUCAAAUUAUACCUCCGAUGCCAAUAAUAACAGAGUUAAAUAACACAAAAAUAGAAUCAAGUAUUUAGUGAUAUAAUUAUUAGAUGAAUUUAAUAAAGUUUAAUAUAAAGUGAUAAAAGAAGUUUCAGAAUCAACAGAUAGAAUACUUGAUUUAUUAUUACUUAAUACUUGUGAUCUCAAAAAAGUAUUCCAAUAAUAAAAAUAAAAAAAUUAAAGAAAAAUAAUUGUUUAAGGAAGAGUGCCAAAAGAUUUUUUCAAUAUUUUGAAAUAAUUAUGA